AAAGAAUAUUCAUUCACAUUAUAUUCAUUAUGUUAACCUAACUGUUUAUUCCAGAAACAAGAACUUCUGGUUGUGAGCUUUGAAAUCAAGAUGACCAAGUUCACUCUUCUAGCAGGCUUGUGCCUGGUGAUGUGCCAGCUGGCUACUGCCUCCCAGAUGGUGUGCUAUUUCACCAACUGGUCCCAGUACAGACCAGGGACUGGGAAAUACACACCCGCAAAUGUGGAUCCCUUCCUUUGCACCCAUCUGAUCUAUGCUUUCUCCAUCAUCAACAACAAGAAUGAGUUGGUGACCUAUGAAUGGAAUGACGAGACCCUGUAUAAGCAAUUCAAUGGCCUGAAGAGCAAGAACCCCGCUCUGACGACCUUACUGGCUGUCGGUGGAUGGAACUUUGGCUCAACUCAGUUCUCCAUCAUGGUGUCCACUCCAGCCAACCGUCAGACAUUCAUCCAGUCUUCUAUCAAAUUCCUGAGGACUCAUGGAUUUGAUGGUCUGGAUCUGGACUGGGAGUACCCUGGAUCUCGUGGAAGUCCUCCAGUGGACAAACAGCGGUUCAGUCUGCUCUGCAAGGAACUCGUUGCAGCCUACGCAGCCGAAGCUGAGGCAACCGGCAAACCUCAGCUCAUGCUGACUGCUGCAGUGUCUGCUGGAAAGGGAACCAUUGAUGCUGGAUAUGAGAUUGCUGAGAUUGCCAAGCAUCUGGACUUCAUCAAUGUGAUGACCUAUGACUUCCAUGGAGCUUGGGAGCGAUCCACAGGACACAACAGCCCGCUGUACCGUGGCAAACAUGACAGUGGUGACCUCAUCUACUUCAACACUGACUUUGCCAUGAAAUACUGGAGAGACAAAGGCACCCCAGCGGAGAAGCUGAUGUUGGGAUUUGCUUCAUAUGGUCGUACCUUCCGUCUGACUUCAUCAAACACUGGCGUUGGAGCCCCAGCUAGCGGUGCUGCAUCAGCUGGACCAUUCACACGUGAAGCUGGGUUCUGGUCCUACUACGAGGUUUGUACCUUCCUGAAGGGCACCACCACUCAGUGGAUUGAAGACCAGAAAGUUCCCUAUGCCCACAAGAACAGCGAGUGGGUGGGAUUUGACAACAAGGAGAGCUAUGAGAUCAAGGUCCAGUACAUGAAGGACAUGAAGUACGGUGGUGCCUUUGUGUGGGCCUUGGAUCUGGAUGACUUUAAAGGAGAGUUCUGUGGAGAGGGAAGCCAUCCUCUGCUGUCUCAUCUGCGCAAACUUAUUAAUGCUGAGAUGCCUCCCGUUCCAUCAACCACAACUAAGAAACCUAUUGUUAGUCCCACAACCUCCAAACCUACUGUUUCCACUGCUGCACCAACCUCCACAACAACCCGCAAACCUGCUGUUUCCACUGCAGUGCCAACCUCCACCACCACCACUGAUGCUCCAUCCACCAAGACCACCAUCCCUAUCCCAGGACGUGGCUUCUGCAAAGACAAGGCUGACGGAAUGUACCCACAUCCGACUAAUCAAAGCGUUUUCUACAUGUGUGUAGGUGGCCGAACCUAUCAGAGGUCGUGUGGAGUUGGCACUAUCUUCGAUGACGGAUGCAAGUGCUGUGUGUGGCCCUAAGUGUUAACUAAUGGAGGAUUGUCACCUACUGACAUCUCAGUUCUGACUCCAAGCCAAAUGUCUCUGAAGAGAUCUGAGUUUGUGACUUGAAAUUGGAUUGAAUUGAAUUGAA